ACUUGUCCCUGAGCGGCUGCUCAGAGGAGGGAGGCAGAAAAGGAAACUGGGUGAGCACCCGCCAUGGGCGAGCUGUGCUUUAAGCCUGAGCGGGGCCUUUAACACUGGAAGGCGCCAUUCUGUAACAACCCUCCCGCUCCAUCUCUGAUUGCAUCAGGCUAAGGGGAAUCUUAAGGGAAUUUCAGAUGCUGACCAUAGGACCCCAAGAGCAAUACAGCAGCACCUGUGAGGAACGCAAGAGGCUCACGCAGGAUGCCCCCGUGGCAAGGCAGGGGUGGGGGCACCCAGGCUCACGUCAGAACCUUCUCUUUCUCCUGAGAAGCUCUCACUCCACCCCAUACCCCAGUGACCAGCAAUUCAGUGGUUCCAAAAGUACCCUGUCCUUGAUGAGAGCGGCAGCGCGCCCUGACCCACAGGCCCACCUGCUGAGUGCUGUUACCUGCAGGAGCAGGAGGCAGGGGCUCUCGCUGGUCCAUGCUGCAACUCCAGAUGCCUCUCUCAGCUCUGUUAAGGGAAGGAGCUCCUGCAAGAAGGAGAGACACUGCUUGUCACCGUUCAGGUGGAUAAACACGCACUCAAUAGGUGCAGGGCUGUCGACAGAGAACCCCGCAAAAAGGAAGAGCUGUCAUUACUAGCCAUAAUUAGAAGACUCGCCACCUAUUAGUCGUGAAUACUUGUAAAUCUCCCUUGAAACAACAUUCAAGGGCAAAACAAAAGAGACUUCUCAGAGUUGGAGUGACUUCACCUUGAAAUGUAGCCAGAAGUUUAUUUUGCAACUUGGAUUCGCUGGCCAGGCCCACCCAACCUGACAGUGGCUUCAACUCCUUGCUGAAUUUCCCACCGUAUUCUAAAGGGAGAAAUCAACAUGUAAACCAAACGUGUUUCUUCUAGACUUAGCUGGGAUCAGGCGCGGCGCUGACAGCCCUCUCCACUCCUUUUUCUUCCAGACUUAGCUGAGAUUAGGCAUGGCGCUGACGGCCCUCUCCACUCCUUUUGGUCCACCUCGCCAGCGCAACUCCAAGACGUGGGUACUGUUAUUAUUUUUCAAUGGAGAAAACACUGGUUGGGAGACUUGAGACACUCACCCAAGGCUACAGCUGAGGGUAGGUGGCUGACGCGAAGGCUACAGCUGAGGGCGGGUGGCUGACGUGAAGGCUACAGCUGGGGGCAGGUGGCUGACGUGAAGGCUACAGCUGAGGGCGGGUGGCUGAUGCAAGCACCCAGAGCCCGGCCCAGGCCCCGGCACAUCCCUGCCCUUCCACCCACCGGCCGGGAGACGGGGCAAGUGAGGUCAUCGCUCCACCUGGAAUAUGUGGGGAGUCACAGGAUCCAUAUCGGGUGCCCUUGCAGGUGAGCUCCCUGUGCAGCGAGCAGGGUCCAAGUGCCGGCCAGCGCACCCAUGAGGCAGGAGGGGCCCACCCUCUCCACCCCAGCAACACCCGUGAGACGGGAGGUGCCCAUCCUCUCCAGCCCAGCAGCACCCGUGAGGCGGGAGGUGCCCACCCUCUCCAGCCCAGCAGCACCCGUGAGGCGGGAGGUGCCCAUCCUCUCCAGCCCAGCAGCACCCGUGAGACGGGAGGGGCCCACCCUCUCCAGCCCAGCAGCACCCGUGAGACGGGAGGGGCCCACCCUCUCCAGCCCAGCAGCACCCGUGAGACGGGAGGGGCCCACCCUCUCCAGCCCAGCAGCACCCGUGAGACGGGAGGGGCCCACCCUCUCCAGCCCAGCAGCACCCGUGAGGCAGGAGGUGCCCAUCCUCUCCAGCCCAGCAGCACCCGUGAGACGGGAGGUGCCCACCCUCUCCAGCCCAGCAGCACCCAUGGGACGGGAGGUGCCCACCCUCUCCAGCCCAGCAGCACCCGUGAGACGGGAGGGGCCCAUCCUCUCCAGCCCAGAAGCACCCGUGAGGCAGGAGGUGCCCACCCUCUCCAGCCCAGCAGCACCCGUGAGGCAGGAGGUGCCCAUCCUCUCCAGCCCAGCAGUGAUUCCAUAGGAUGACAAAGGAUGUUAUCCUUGGAGGGAAAGCUGUCAUUUCCAAGUUAAGGUCAGACAGACAUGCUUGGACCACAACAGUGAAUGUGGGGAAUGACGCUCAUGGAAGGAAUCCUCAGAGACAAGUGCAGCAAACACACCGGACAGUACCCACACCGGACAGCAUCCACACCAGACAGCAUCCACACCAGACAGCUUCCACACCAGACAGUCCCCACACCAGACAGCUUCCACACCAGACAGCUUCCACACCAGACAGCUUCCACACCGGACAGUCCCCACACCAGACAGCUUCCACACCAGACAGCUUCCACAUCAGACAGUCCUCACACCAGACAGUCCCCACACCAGACAGCUUCCACACCAGACAGUCCUCACACCAGACAGUCCCCACAGUGGACAGCUUCCAUACCAGACAGCUUUCACACCAGACAGCUUCCACAUCAGACAGCUUCCACACCAGACAGCUUCCACACCGGACAGUCCCCACACCAGACAGCUUCCACAUCAGACAGCAUCCACACCAGACAGCAUCCACACCAGACAGCUUCCACACCAGACAGUCCCCACACCAGACAGCUUCCACAUCAGACAGUCCUCACACCAGACAGUUCCCACACCAGACAGCUUCCACACCAGACAGUCCUCACACCAGACAGUCCCCACAGAGGACAGCUUCCACACCAGACAGCUUUCACACCAGACAGCUUCCACACCAGACAGUCCCCACACCAGACAGCUUCCACACCGGACAGUCCCCACACCAGACAGCUUCCACACCAGACAGCUUCCACACCAGACAGCUUCCACACCGGACAGUCCCCACACCAGACAGCUUCCACACCAGACAGUCCUCACACCAGACAGCUUCCACACCAGACAGCUUUCACACCAGACAGCUUCCACACCAGACAAUACCCACACCAGACAGCUUCCACACCAGACAGCUUCCACACCGGACAGCUUCCACACUGGACAGUCCCCACACCAGACAGCUUCCACACCAGACAGUCCCCACACCAGACAGCUUCCACGCUGCACAGUCCUCACAUCGGACGGCAUCCACGCCAGAUGGCCCCCAUGCCAGAGAGUCCCCACGCCAGACAGCUUCCAUGCCAGAUGGCCCCCACAUCAGACAGCCCCCACACCAGACGGCCUCCACGCUGGAUGGCCCCCACUCCAGAUGGCAUCAAUGCUUCCGACAAUCGGAUCCCAUGGACAGAGAGGACCACACUGGCUCUGAGACCCUGACAAAACCCAAAAUGACCCUUCAGCCUCAGUCAAAAAUAUUCAGCCAACACCAACUGUGCUGAAGAGUGCGUGGCUCUCUGAAGGAAUGCACACGUGGUGUCUGAAGAGGACUGCCACCGGCGUGCACACAGCAGCAGGACCGGACGCUGACUGCUGCCCUGAGUGCAGAGGGAGGGAUGGCUUCUUCCCAGGCUGGGCGAGCGCCGGGUGGCUGUGGGAAGGAGAGGACUCCUUCAUUCGUCAGCCUGGCCUGGAUGACUCUGCAGCCUCAGAGCCGGAUGGAAGAAGAGUACGUUCCACGGCUACAGCAUCUCCCAACAAAGAAAAUUAACAAUGCUCCAACAUAGCUAUGAGUCCUCAAGAGUUUAGGUUGACGUCAUCUUUCCCUGGGACGCUGGCACCAGUGCCAAUGCCAUCUCACGCAUCAGGAUCGCUGGAGAUGGAGUCCAGGCCCCUUAGAGAAAGGAAGGCCCCCCUGAUACCCCCGGCAUCCCUGGUGGGUCCCAGCCCAAGGUCUGUUCCUUCCACAGUGCACCAGGACCUCGGGGAACAGGACAGAUGAAGACGCAUCCACCAUACGAAGAGGAGACAAUGAAUAAAUGCCCUGAACUCUGUGGAGGAGACAAUGAAUAAACCCCUUUGAACUCUGCAGUCCUGAGGGGAGAUGGAGGAGGAAACCGUACCUAGAGCACCUGUGAGAGUGAGGAGCAGUGUCCCCACGACCCCGAGUCCUCACCACCUUGACUCACUGUGAGGCACGUGGUAUCCCUCAGUUUCUCAACUGCUGAAGAAACAAAGGUCGCAGAUUCACCUGUCCAACAUUAGUAAUGUGACGCGGCUGAGGAGCCAGGCAGCCUCGGGCUUCAGAGAAAAUCAGCGCCCUCCCCUCGUCACCCACGCUCUGUUUGCAAAGGUGGUGAGCAAGUGACAGGGCCAGAAGCACACUCUUCCCCUUCCUGCCCUGGACAAGGCCAGCUGUACGCCUGCCGGGUCUGUUCAAGAAUGAACACCACACUAGCACACUCUACCUGACAGCCACAUGGCUUUGUGUGUCUUCAGAGAAUUCUGUUUCCUUAAGCCCUGUUUACUCUCCAUUUUUUAAACCACACUGUGUAAAUCUCAUUCAUGCUAUUUGUUUCUCUACUAAAAUGCAU